AGUGUGCUACAACACAUUAGGACUUGUGUUCCCGGAGCCAGUUUACAGAAAUGCUGGUUUCACAUGGCUCAAGCACUUGAAAAAAAUGCCAAAGAUUUUGGCAUACGAAGACAAGUAUACAGAACUGACAAUGCGCUGCAUACUAUGCUUCGUAUGUCAAAAGCUCUCGCACUUUUGCCAGCUGAAAAGAUUGCUGAAGGGUUUGAAGUGGUGGUCCAGGAGGCUAGACAUUCUCAGAAUAUUGAGAUUGCUGAACGAUACAUAUCAUAUUUUAGAAAUCAGUGGAUGGAACGUGUUGGACCAGAAUCCUUUUCUGUACAUGGCAUGCCAAGGCGAACUAAUAAUGACCAGGAAAUAUUUCACCGUCAUUUAAACGCCAUUAUGAAUUGUCCACGUCCUGGUAUUUGGCAUUUUACUAAAUAUGGGACAAAAUAUGAGAGAAUACAACAAAGGCCAACUCUAAGAGCCAGGCUUCGAGCUUAUGUUCAACUUGACAGGAAAAUCAGUGCUGCAUGUGAACGGUUGGCCCAGAGCAGAAUUUCUGUCAAAGAAUUUUUGUUAUACACUGGGCAUCUGGCUUAUGAUGCAGAACGAAGACGUGGGGUUCGCAAUGUCGAGGUUCACAAUGGAAUCGUACCUCCCCACAUCUUGGAAACUAUUGAAGAACAAAUUGUAACGGAAAACGUACAAAACAAUGUUGUUGGAGGGUUUGGUGUUCAAAUGCAAGACCGGUUCGAGCAGCAACAAAAAAAUGCCGAACAGUUUCCUGUUCAAGAUGUGGCUGAUUUUGAGAUCGACAAAAACAGGGAUCCAGUGUUCCAUACCAUUCGUGAAAUGGAAGCACAGAGAAUGGCAAGGGAACUGGAGAAUGUCCCUAAUAUCCAAUCAACAAUUCUUUUGCAUUACCAAGGCAAAUAAAUUGCUGUGAUAUUUGCCUUAGUAAUCAAAAAACACAUGCGUGUUUGCCUUGUGGACACAAGUGUCUGUGUUCAGACUGUGCAUAUCAAAUUACCAAUCGAUGUCCAAUCUGCAACAAUUUGAUCACAAAUGUAAUUUGUAUUUUUGAUUAAACAGGUAUUGAUUAAACUUCAGAUGACGACAGUGAUUAAAUAUUGUAUAAUGUUCAGGAUACAUGACAUUUAAUAUGUAGAAAGUUAUACAAUUUAAGACAAGAUAGAUUUGUUUUUCCUCUAUUUUAUUUUCUGCCAUGUAUAUAAAAAAUUAUAAGCUAAUUACCAACUUAAAUCUUUGAUCUGAAAUGAAAUAUAAUAGUUUUUACACAAUUUUAAAUAUUGUAGUUACUUACCACUCAUUGAGUUAUAUACCUAAUAACUGUAAAUCACUGUCAUAAUUACUCAUCUGUAACUAAGGUAAUAUGUUUUCAUUAUGCUAUUUCUUAUUUAUAAAACUUAUCUUUUUUUUUUUAAUUAUUAAUAUUUUGUGACAAAGGUUUCGUCUAA